AUGGGUAAAAAAAGGACGGCGGAAGACAGAAAAAAACAAACUAAGAAAAACGGCUUCAACUUCGACGAUAAAAACGUUAACGAUAAACCUGUCCCACGAUUUGUUCUGGAAUAUACCGAAAAAAUGUGCAAUAUACAGACUGUACGCAAUCACUUCCGUCGCUUUAUAUCAGGCUGGAAUCGCAACAACCCUAAAUUAUUAAUUACGAAAGAUCAUACAAAUUCCAUUACCAAUUAUAUUAAAGGGCCGCUAAAAAAAAAGAUCGGGUUAUCAGACUUUAAAAGACCGAAAACGUACAUAACAAUCGAAAAUUUUAUAUAUAUGGAAAGACAGCUUUGGCAGAGUAAUGGGCAUAAAUACGUUUACGAUAGAUAUCGUAUUUUGAUUAAUACCAAACUAAAAUGUCAUAUGUUUACUUCAGCUAGAGUGGUCGUAUGGAAGAAUGGAAAGCCAAAGCUGCGUUACAGUCUUAAACGGGAGUUUGCGAAAGGGAUGCACGAUAAGGAAGAUCAACGUGUUUCCAACAAUAACUGCAAAGGGUAUAACCCAGAAGAUUUAAACGGCUGGUACGUUUACCAAUUAGAUCAGGGGUCUAUUAAUACGUACAAAAAUGGAACGACCCGUAACACCAUAUGGAAUCCGCCGAAAAUGCCUAAUCCAAACUACAAAUAA